AGUUAUUUGUACAUGCAACUUAGAGUUGCACAGCGGCUUCAGGCGCAAGCAUCCAGGUAGCAGGUCUACAGGACACAUGCGUACCUUUUAAUAGUUUAACAAUGCUUGCCUUGGCUCAACCGUCCCUGCUAUCCGAAAAGUUGAGCCAGCAACGCGGCUAUCCUUUCUCUCAUGAGGUGAGAGAAAAUGACUCCUCAACCUCAUCUUCCCAGACACGGCAGCAGGAAAGAAAAAGGAGUGGCGUGUGGGACUGCAGCCGGCCUACCAGGCCAGCGCUUGCUCGCCCAUGCUCGCGGCUCGCACGCGGCCAGGCAGCGGCAAGCGGCCUUCUGGGUCGCGCGCUCGUGCCGCGGGGUCGCGCCCACGCCGGGCCGGAGCUGCGCCAGGACGGCGGCCGCGCUGGUGCCCUCGCGCGACGAGCCGCGUCGCGCUGGGUCGCGCCCGUGCCUACGCCGUGUCCGGCUGGGGCAGAGACGGAGGGGCUCGCCCGCGCUUCGAGGGGGGCCGUGCCGGCGGCUGGUCCUCCCCUGUGCUCACGCCUGGCCGGGUCGAGCCAGGGUCGUGCGCCUUGGGCCGCGCACGCCGGGGCUAUUUCGUCUGUCUUCAGGACGGCAGUAGGUCCGAUCUGCUAGCCUUCGGGGCAGCAGUGGCUCACUCACAUCUUCAGAAUGGCGGGCUGCAGGAGCUUUCAGGACGCGAUUCUUCAAUGUGAAUCUUUCCUUCUUAUCCUUGAUGGAUAGGACGAUCUUGGCGUACUCCGCAUAGAUGAUGGCUGUUAUUGUGCACAGUGCACAAGAAUAGUCUGCCCAAAAUGAUGGGUGCCUUCUCAUCCACUCCUGUCUCCAUGACCACGAAGUAAACUAGGACAUAUGAUUGCCCCACUCUAAUGACAACUUCUUCUAGUACUCCCUCAGGGUAGCAAAUGGAUUGAUCUGCAAGCUGCAAACGCAUAUUUGUGUACAACAAGGGAUCAUUUAAUAUUUUCUCAUAAAUUGCCUUGGGUAUGAUGUUGACACUUGCGCCAAAGUCACAGAUAGCCUCUAGAAAGCUGUGGCAUCCUAUAGAGAUAGGAAUGACAGGUCUUCCAGGGUCUCUCAUCUUCUCUGGUAGAGAGUAGUCAAUCUACUGUACAACUGCAGGCUCAAUAUGAUAUUGGAUUGCAUUGUGAAUAUCAA